AUGGCCACUGCGACUGCCCUGUACGGAAAAGACAAUAUGUGGACCGCCGAGAUGCUUGACGACCUUUGGACAUUUGAGAAAGGUGUAGCGCUGUUGGCGAUGAAGGUUGCACCGAAUCUCGUUGCACCUAAAGCUAUCGCUGCCCGACAGAAGAUGAGUGACCUCAUCCGACCUUUCUACCAGGCACGAAAGGAUGAGAACUCAGAUGUGGCGAAGAUUCUUCAAGACCGAGCUAGGUAUCUACGCGAGCUGGGGAUGCCAUCUGAAGACCUCUCUCAGACUGAGUUUAUGAUUUUCGUUGCUGCGACGUUGAACACGGCAUCGAGUCUGUUCUGGACAUUUGCCGAAGUUUUCUCUAGGCCAGAGUACAUUGAGCGUAUCCGGCAGGAAGUUCUGCGGGUGGUCGUGGAAACCAAGAACGAGACGGGACGAAAUGUGACAAUUAACGCCAAAACCCUGGAAGCAGACUGUCCUUUUCUAGGCGCUUGCUUCCGCGAGGUUUUGAGGCUCCACAGUGCGCAAGUAGGAUAUCGACGUGUUAUGAAAGAUACGACACUGGAAGAUACGGAUGGCCGUCGAUAUCUGUUGAAGGAGGGCACCAAUAUGCAGUGGUCAGCCAGCGUCACGCAUUUCAUGCCGGAGAUUUGGGGCGAUGAUGCCGCCUCUUUCAAACCGGAGCGGUUCCUUGACGUUGAUCCCUGGGAUGAGAAACGGAGACGUGGGGCAUUGAUCCCGUUCGGCGGCGGCCGGUAUCUGUGCCCCGGCCGUCACUUUGCCCGAACGGAGACCCUCGGGUUUGUUAGCGCGUUGGCUCUUGGUUUCGACGUGGACGGCGUUAAGGUUCCUGCGGCGGAAGCUCCGCCUCUAGGUGGAGCUACGAGGCGACCUGCGGGUAAUCGAGCGGUCGGAAAUAUCAGAGUUUCGCGGCGAGAGGGUUGGGAAGACGUGACGUGGAGAUUCAUAUGUUAG